AUGGUUUCUGCGUCCGGCCCCACAGGGAUCCUAGCGGGACGCCCUUCUGGUUCUCAGUGCCAUCAAGGCGUGCAAUCGUCGCAGAAUGGAAAUACGUCCAAAGUUCACAACAAAAAGUAUGUUAAAUCCAGUGUCGAAAACGCGAAAGAACGACACGAAUCGGACCUUUACAUUAGGCCAAGUUGGACUGAUGCUGCGAUAGCGUUGGAUCAGCUCGAGAAGGGCAAAGCGGAAGGUCAGAGGUCUGCGGUGUGGAUCAGGGCAAGGCUGCAGGAUCAGCUGAGUCAGCUGGGCUACUUCCUGCAGAGGCAUGCAGGCAAGGUCCUCUUCCUCGCGAUCAUCGCUUUGGCUACGUUCUGCGUUGCCCUAAAGUCCGCUCAAGUUCACAGCAAGGUCGAACAGCUUUGGGUUCAAGAAGGCGGAAGGUUACAAAAAGAGCUGUCCUACGCCUCGGAAGCACUGGGGGAAGCAGCCGCCUCGACGCAUCAACUCGUCAUCCAAACGCCAAGGCAUUCCGGGACGAAUAUUUUGCACCCUGCCGCACUCAAAGAACAUUUAGCGAUCCUGAAGGCGGCGACGCAGGUCACCGUACACCUGUUCGAAAUCACGUGGAGGCUGAAAGACAUAUGUUACGCGCUGAACAUACCCAACUUCGACAUGCACUACAUCGACCAGAUCUUCGAUAGUAUCAUGCCAUGCGCCAUCAUUACGCCCCUCGACUGUUUCUGGGAAGGCAGCAAACUGUUGGGACCGGAGUAUCCCGUUCACAUACCCUGGACGCAGACGAACAAGCCCGUACAGUGGACGAACCUGAAUCCGUCCGGCAUGCUGGACGAGAUGAAGAAACUGCAGUUCGUGUUUCCGUUCAGAACGCUGGAGGAUUACAUGAAGCGAGCCGGGAUAACGAAUGGCUACCAGAGCAAACCGUGCCUCGACCCGACGGACCCGGAAUGCCCGGAAACCGCGCCCAAUAAAAAAUCCCAGCAGGUACCGGACAUAGGGGCGGAAUUAACGGGUGGCUGUUACGGUUUCGCCGCGAAAUAUAUGCACUGGCCCGAGGAGCUGCUCGUCGGCGGCGCUAAGCACAAUAAGACCGGUCACUUGACCCGGGCAGCUGCGCUGCAGACCGUUGUGCAGUUAAUGGGCGAACGAGAGCUUUACGAUUUCUUCGCCGGCACCUACAAGGUACACCAUUUCGACUGGUCCCAGGAGAAGGCGUCCCAAGUGCUCGAGACCUGGCAACGGGCGUUCAGCAAUCAGGUGAAAAAACAUCUGGACGCGAACGGCUCGGCACCGUACAAUUUGUAUGCGUUCAGCACGACAACGAUGAACGACAUACUCGGGAAGUACAGCGAGGUGCCCGUCAUGAAGAUCGCCAUUGGCUGCGCGCUGAUGCUACUGUACGCAGGCAUAGCCCUACUUCGAUGGAAAGAUCCAGUUCGUUCCCAAGCCGGUGUCGGUAUAGCCGGCGUGAUGUUAAUCUGCGCUACCGUGGCAGCCGGUUUGGGGUUCUGUGCCCUCCUAGGCAUCCCCUUCAACGCUGCGACCACUCAGAUAGUCCCGUUCCUAGCUCUCGGACUCGGUGUUCACGACAUGUUCCUAUUAACGCACACCUACGCUGAAUUAUCAGUGAACGAGGUACCCAGUGGAGAACAGACGGGAGUAGUUCUGAAGAGGACUGGUCUUUCGGUGCUUCUGGCGGGUAUCAGCAACGUCUCGGCAUAAUUACUAUUCAAUCUCGCCGCCAUGCUGCUGGUUUUUCCAGCUAUGGUCAGUCUAGAUCUGAGAAGACGUCGUUCUGGUCGCUCGGACAUACUUUGUUGCUGUUUACCAUCUUCCAAUACCAGCAGAAACAAGUAUACGAACGGGACGACUAACGGCACAGCGAAGCAGACGGUGACCAGAGCGAUUCCGCCUGAACGUCGCGAGACCUGCACUCAAAUUCUAACCUCUCAGAACGCACAGAACGAGUCCUGGGUCGGUGGGAACAUCGAUAUGGACUUGGACAAGCAGUGCAGCGAAGAGGAUACCCUAACCGGUUGCAGCCAGGAUGACUGUCUUAGCUUCUCUCUGACUCAAAUGGCUGCCAGGCAUUACGCCCCAUUCGUCACCAGACCAGCGACCAAGGUCUUUGGUAUGAUGAUAUUAAUCACGGUACUAGCCGGUUGUGUCUGGCAGGCCGUCAAGGUGAACGAUGGUCUGGAAUUGACCGACCUGGUCCCGCAGAAAUCCAACGAACACGCUUUCUUGGCUGCUCAAGCGAAGCACUUUGGAUUUUAUAACAUGUACGCCGUUACCGGGAGGGACUUCGAGUAUCCUACCAACCAGAAGCUGCUAUACGAGUACCAUGAUGCUUUUAUGAGGAUAAAGAAUGUCAUCAAGAACGACAAUGGUGGUCUGCCUGAGUUUUGGUUGAGCUUAUUCCGAGACUGGCUGAAGGGAUUGCAAAGCGCGUUCGAUAAGGAUUACAACAAUGGGUGUAUCACGCAGGAAAGGUGGUACAAGAACGCCAGCGACGAGGCCAUUUUAGCUUACAAGCUCUUGGUCCAGACUGGUCACGUUGAUAAUCCCAUCGAUAAGUCACUGGUCAUCCAAGUUAGACUCGUCGAUUCUGAAGGGAUCAUCAACCCUCGAGCCUUCUAUAACUACUUAAGCGCGUGGGUGUCUAACGAUGUCCUUGCUUACGGAGCUUCACAGGCCAAUUUGAGACCAGAGCCAAGGCAGUGGAUCUACACCAAUGAUCACGAGCUGAAAAUCCCUAAAAGCAUGCCCCUGACCUACGCUCAAAUGCCAUUUUACUUGCACAAGCUCACCGACACGCAAGAGAUCACCGAGCUGAUCGGUAGCGUGAGGAAAUUGUGCAGAAAAUUCGAGGAACGAGGACUGCCGAACUUUCCGUCCGGUAUACCAUUUCAAUUUUGGGAACAGUAUAUGGACUUGAGGAGUUGCCUAGGUAUCGCCUUGCUGGCUGCACUAACAGCCAGUGUCGUGGUGGUUGGAAUACUAUUGUUAAACUUGUGGGCCGCUUUGUUGGUUGGUACAUCCCUCGCCGCUGUUGUAUUGCAACUUCUCGGAAUUAUGGGCCUUUGCGAUAUAAAGCUGAGCGCUGUUCCGGCUGUCCUUCUGGUCGUUAGCGUUGGAAUAGCUGUACACUUUACAGUGCAUAUUUGUCUGAGUUUCAUCACGAGUAUUGGAAGCAGAGAUCGAAGGGUCCGGCUAGCCUUAGAACACAUGUAUGCACCCGUAAUUCACGGAGCGCUAACGACUCUGCUGGCUAUCGUAAUGCUAGCCUUCUCCGAGUUCGACUUCAUUGUACGAUACUUUUUCCUGGUAUUGCUCUGUCUAAUUGGGAUCGGCCUGGUGAACGGAUUGUUCUUCUUUCCAAUUUUAUUGUCUUUGAUCGGCCCGUGUCCGGAAGUGAUACCUAAUGAUCACCCGGAUCGUAUUUCAACACCGACUCCACCUGCCUCACCAAUCGUCAGAAGAUCGAAGCCCCCAGCGCCGCCCAGAAGAUCGUACAAAAUCGAUAAUGCUAGAUUACAUGCUGAGCCUUCUCUGACAACAAUUACCGAGGAACCCAAUUCCUGGCACAGUACACAGGAAUCCUGUAUAAUCGUGCAGCCAGAAUUGAAAGUUGAGACAACGUCGACAUGUGGUAAUCAGAACUGUAGCGGAUCAGAUACAAGUGGGUCUAGUCGAAUAUCACCAGUGACGUCAACAUCUCAUAUCACGACCAAGGUCACUGCGACGGCUAAUAUAAAGGUGGAAGUUCAUACACCGUUAACCAGUACAGUGGAUCGUGGGGAAAAAUGCAGGCACACGAGUUCCAGUAGCCGAAGGAGCUCGCGCUGCAGUACGAACGUUAAUACAGGGGAGUCUUCCGGUUCCAGUUCUGAACCGGAUUCAGACACUAACCAACACAAACACUAA